UCUUCUGCUCCUUCCUCCACAAGCAGGUUCACCUGUAUUUGUCAAAAUGGCUCAACUCCUGAAUAGCAUACUCAAUGUGGUAGAGGUGUUCUACAAAUAUGCCAAAGAGAAUGGGGACUGUGCCUUAUUAUGCAAGGAGGAGUUGAAGCAACUGCUCUUCGCUGAGUUUGGAGACAUCCUUCAGAGACCAAAUGACCCAGAGACUGUGGAAACCAUCUUGGACCUCUUAGAUCGAGACCGGGAUGGACAUGUUGAUUUUCAUGAGUACCUCUUGUUGGUGUUCCAGUUAGUCCAAGCCUGCCAUCGUAAGCUAGACAAUAAGUCACGUGGAGGUAGGACCUCCCAGCAAGAAAGGGGGCAGGAGGGAGCACGAGACCAUAAGUUCCCAGGUAACACAGGUAGACAGCACAGACAGAGGCACGAGGAAGAAAGGCAGAACUUCCACCACAGUCAGUCUGAGAGACAAGAUAGGGAUUCUCACUAUGGUCAGCCUGAGAGACAAGACAGAGAAUCACAGCACGGUCAGCCCGAGAGACAAGACAGAGAUUCCCACCAUGGUCAGCCUGAGAGACAAGACAGAGAAUCACACCACAGUCAGUCUGAGAGACAAGACAAGGAUUGCAGCCUUGAUCACUCAGAAAGACAAAGUCAAGAUUCCAGCUCUGGUGAAAGCCUGAGUCACAAAUCUAGCAGUGGCCAGGCUAAAUGGCAGGGACAUAUCUUUGCCUUAAAUCAGUAUGAAAAACCAGUUCAGGAGUCUCAUUAUGGUCAAUCUGAAAGGCUUGCACAACAAUCUGAAACACUUGGACAAGACUCUCGCUUUAACCAGACAAAUCAACAAAAAUCAAGCUCUUAUUAUAGACAGUCUGGGAGACUAGGUCAGGAGUCAGGCUGUAGUCAGACAGACAGGCAAGGCCAGAGUUCCCACUACGGUCAGACAGACAGACAAGGCCAGAGUUCCCACUAUGGGCAGACAGACAGACAAGGCCAGAAUUAUCAUUAUGGUCAGGCAGACAGACAGGACCAGAAUUCCCACUAUGGUUAUUCAGACAUACAAGGCUGGAGUUCCCACUAUGAUCAGAUGGACAGACAAGGCCAGAGUUAUCAUUAUGGUCAGGCAGACAGACAAGGCCAGAGUUCCCACUAUGGCCAGAAAGACAGACAAGGCCAGAGUUCCCACUAUGGUCAGACAGACAGACAAGGCCAGAGUUCCCACUAUGGCCAGAAAGACAGACAAGGCCAGAGUUAUCAUUAUGACCAGACAGACAGACAAGGCCAGAGUUCCCACUAUGGUCAGACGGACAGACAAGGCCAGAGUUCCCACUAUGGUCAGAUGAACAGACAAGGUCAGAGUUCCCACUAUGGUCAGAAAGACAGAAAAGGCCAGAGUUAUCAUUAUGAUCAGACAGACAGACAAGGCCAGAAUUCCCACUAUGGUCAGAUAGACAGACAAGGCCAGAGUUCCCACUAUGGUCAGACAGACAGAAAAGGCCAGAGUUAUCAUUAUGAUCAGACAGACAGACAAGGCCAGAGUUCCCAGUAUGGUCAAUCACAGAUGGGGGAAGUACAAGAUCAAAAUAAGUACUUCCAAGGGACUGAAGGAACAAGACAAGCCUCUUAUGCUGAGCAAUCAGGAAGAUCAGGGAGGCUAAGUCAACAGACUCUAGGACAGGAAGUGUACCAAAAGCAGGGACAGGGAUUCCAGUCUAGGGACUCACAGCAGAUUGGCCGCCAGGUAUGGGAGCCUGAAGAGGACAGUCAACACCACCAACACAAACUCUUAGCACACAUCCAACUUUGUCAUGAAAGAUCACUUUGUCAUAGAGGGAGAGACCGGCAAUCAUGUAGUAGUGAGCAGGGCCACAGACAGGCCCAGACCAGGCAGAGUCAUGGUGAGGGGAAGAGCCACUGGGCAGAGAAAGAGCAGGGUCCUCAAAACUGGGAUAUGCACAGCCAUGAGGGUCAGGAAGGUCCAUGUGGAACACAGGACAGGCGAACCUAUGAAGAGCAGAACCGUCAGAGGAGAGACAGGCAAACCCAUGAAGACGAGCAGAACCGUCAGAGACGAGACAGGCAAACCCAUGAAGAUGAGCAGAACCGUCAGAGGAGAGACAGGCAAACCCACGAAGAUGAGCAGAACCGUCAGAGACAAGACAGGCAAACCCACGAAGAUGAGCAGAACCGUCAGAGACAAGACAGGCAAACCCACGAAGAUGAGCAGAACCAUCAGAGGAGAGACAGGCAAACCCACGAAGAUGAGCAGAACCAUCAGAGACAAGACAGGCAAACCCACGGAGAUGAGCAGAACCGUCAGGGGAGAGACAGGCAAACCCACGGAGAUGAGCAGAACCGUCAGGGGAGAGACAGGCAAACCCACGAAGAUGAGCAGAACCGUCAGGGGAGAGACAGGCAAACCCACGAAGAUGAGCAGAACCGUCAGAGGAGAGACAGGCAAACCCAGGAAGAAGAUCAAAACCAUCAGCAACAACAGAAUAGACAAAACUAUGAGAAGAAAGAGAGCUAUCAAGGAUCUCAGAAUCAAAAAUCUCAAGUGACCCAGAGAAGCUGUCCUAACAGAGAAAAAUUCUACAUGAAUGAAGACGACCAGAGCCAGGGCUUACAGGGAAGAUACACUGAGCCAUCCGUCUAUCCAACCCAGAGCAGUGGGAAGCCCCAAAGCAGAGAACACCGUGGUCACCCUUCCAAGGCAGCUACUGCUCCCAACCCUCUCUAUGACUAUGUGCAAGAGCAGAAAUCCUAUCGGUACUAGUCUAUGUGAGCACCAGAGAUAAAGCAACACAAACCAAAGAAGAAACCUCUAUGUUGAGUUCAUCUUUAAUUCUAUUUAAGAGGUUGAGAAUGUAUUUCUUCCCUCUAUUCUCUCCUAUAUAUACCCGCAAGGAUGUUUUUUAGGACUAGUACUCACUUGAGGGCUUUUCAGUUAUUUGGGCAGCAAUUCUAGGGUUUUCUGAUUCAGCAAAAUCUAGGUGGUAAAUUGGGUGAAUAACCAUUAUCUUAAUGAUGAUCAUUUGGGUAUUUAAAUAAUGUCCUGGUUUGCCCUCUGUGUAGAUGAGACCUGACUGAAUCAUUGAAAGGCAGAACACUUCUCCCUGAAGUUCAGUAACAGAAAAGAUAUUCUGAAGAUUUACAUUACAACUGAGGAGAGGAGACCUAGGUUUUAGUGAGCUUUGGCUCCUGUGGAUAAAAUAUAAGGAAUUUCAAGCUUCAUAGUCUAGACUAGAAUGAAACUCAGCGCGAGGCUGCUAGGAGAGCCAGAAACACAGAGUGCAUCGCUGAUCUUGACUACAUCUCCCAUUCCAAGCUGUCAUUCCAUACCAGAAGGACUGUCCUUUAGUGCCUACCUCUAGAGCUGACUAGACCCAUUCCAACUCAAUGCCUUUAUAGUUUCUGACUAUAUAAAAUAGAAGGAAUAUGUCAUAUGUUUGCAAAUUCCAGGGCAUCAAAAUUGUCAAUCCAUAGCUCCUAAGACCUGAAAACUCUUUCAAGAUAAUCUAUGUGCAGACUACGGAAUUGUAUUUAAAUAUCCAAUAAAUAAUUGAU